CCCCUUCUCUCUCUCUCUUUUUUUUUUUGUUCUUCUUAUCCUUCACACCUCAGCACACACACUUCAGCACACACCUCAAUUGCUUGUUACCCAUCUUCCCCCCAACGCCUUCACAUUUCACACGCCCUCCCCUCCAACAGCAACCAACUAGCUAACCAUGUCUCUUCUCCAGAACACCAACCUUUCUGAGACCGCGGCCGAGCUCAUCAAGAACGACAACCAGGUCACCGGCUUGUCCUCGUCCCACUACACCAAGCCUGCCUCUGCAGCGCGCGUCAAUGCUGCGAAGGCUGCUCUUGAGGCCAACGGCUUCAAGGUCUACGUCGUCAACAGUCGCCUCGAUGCCUUUGAGGCCCUCAAGAACUUGAUCCCAGCUGGCGCCUCGAUUAACAACGCUCACUCGACCACCCUGGAGGAGAUCGGCUUCAUCACCUACAUCAAGGGACAGACCCCCUGGAAGAACGUCCAUGGCGAAAUCAUCGCAGAGAAGGAUCCCGCCAAGCAGGCAGAGCUCCGUCGCACGAUCGGUUCGACUGUCGAUUACUACCUGACGUCGGUCGCCUCCGUCACCGAGGACGGUCACUUGGCCCACGGGGAUUUGUCCGGGUCAAAGGUCGGGGGUGUUGCGUUCGGGGCGGCCAACGUUAUCGUCAUUGCUGGGUCGAACAAGAUCGUGAAGGAUGAGCAAGAGGCUUGGAAGCGUCAGCAUGAGUUUGCUCUCCCUCUGGAGAGUGCCCGAGUGAGGAUCGCGUACGGUUUGCCGGCCUCGGGUGUGACUCAUUACGAGGUCAUCCGCAAGGCCAGUCCCUUCAACGCCAACCGCAUCCAGGUCAUCCUCGUCAACGAGGCCCUUGGUUAUUAAGCAGUAGUUCGAAAGAGGAAAAGAAAAAAAAAAAAGAUUCGACCCAUGGUCAGGAGAGGGAAGAACGGUCAACACAUCGUUACAGUUUUUUUUUUCCCCUUCUUGCUGAUAGACCUCCCAGUAGUCCAUAUCUUCAUU